UCUAGAAGAAAGCACUAGAGAACUUCCUUAGUUGAUCAAGAAGAAAGAACAAUACUGCAGCUCUUAAAAUGUUUUCUUUGCAAGAAAGUGAUGACAUGUUGAUUCAGAUUCUUUCAAAGCCUUGCCAACAAAGCAACAUCUCCCAAGAUCCGCUUAUGGAUUUUGCUUCUCUGGAGACACGUACUCAUCCUCCUCCAAAUAUUGUAAACAAUAAUUCCCAAAAAAAGAGAAAAAGAAUAUUAGCUACUACUAAUGAUGAUCCUGCAACUAUUCAUGAUGAUGAUUACAAUCUUAGAAGAAUUAUGCAUAGAGAUAUAGAACGUCAAAGAAGACGGGAAAUGUCUGCCCUUUACUCUUCUCUCCGUUCUCUCCUUCCUCUGCACUAUGUCAAGGGAAAGCGUUCAGUAUCGGACCAUAUGCACGAAGCUGUGAAUUAUAUAAAAGAAAUGCAAGCAAACAUCAAUGAAUUGGAAAAACGGAGAGACUUGCUAACUAAAUCAUCAGGUCCACAUGGAACUGAAAAUGGUUGCCCAAAUAGUUUCACAGUUUCCCCGGAUUGUGUCACAGUGAGCGUUGACUGCGAAGGUGGUAUACAAAUUUUAAUUAGCGUUGAUUGUAAGGGAAAUUGUUUUCCUCUUUCAAGAUUGCUGCGUGGGAUUCUGAAACAAGGGCUUAAAGUCGUUAGUUGUGUUUCUGCAAAAUGGAAUCAAAGGUCACUCCACACAAUUCAGACCGAGGCAUGUGAUAUGAACAACAUCGAUCACCUGGCACUGAAACAAAAAGUGAUUGAUAUGAUCAACUUGGACUUGUAGCUUUUAAUAACAUACCAUCCAGGUGUAUUUUUACAAGGUUUUAGUAUUAGG